AGUGUUCUGAGUGGGAGGAGUUGGAGGAGUGACGUGAGCGGAAGCUGGGAAACUAGGUGAGUGAAGCCAGUGAUCACCCAGACCUGUUCACCUGUGGAGUAGAGCAAAGAGCCCUGGAAGAUCUAGAUGGAGGAGACAGUCGCUAAGGAUCCAGCAUCACAAGCUGGACAUUCAUUGUACCUGAAAGAGAAAUUCAAAGAAGAUAAACAGAAAGAAAUGGCUUAUUCACCAAUAAACAUGCCCCAGUGUCUGUUGACAUUCAGGGAUGUGGCUGUGGACUUCCCUCAGGAGGAGUGGGAAUGCCUGGACUCUGCUCAGAGGGCUCUGUACAUUGAUGUGAUGUUGGAGAAUUACAGAAACCUGGUCUCUGUCGAGAACUACUGCAUAUGUGAUACUGUCCAUCAACAUGUAAAGACUGAAAAGGAGUCUUGUCAGGGUAAUAAACUUGGUGAAAUGCUUCAUGAACCCUCCAACUGUGCACUUUAUAAUAGAAGUGACACUACAGAAGCCUCUAACAAAUACCGAUGCUGUAACAACGAGGAUGCCUCUGUUGACUCGUCAAAUCAAAAUAGAUAUAAAAGCACGCAUACUGGAGAAGAACCUUGUGAGUCUAAAGACUGUGAGAAAUCUUUAACUUUGUGUUCUGACAUUAGUCAGGAUCAAAGACUCUACAACGCAAAAAAAGAGCACAGACAGGAAGUAUAUGAUGACUAUUUCAGCUCUGCAUACAGUCUCAUGCAAACAACAGUCUACAUUAAAGAGAAACCACACCAGUGUGGCAAAUGUGGGAAAUGCUUCAGUACCUCCUCAAGCCUCACUGUCCAUCACAGAAUUCAUACUAAAGAGAAACCCUACAAGUGCAAUGUUUGUGACAAAUCCUUUACACAGUGCACACAUCUUAAAAUACAUCAAAGACGUCAUACUGGGGAAAAACCUUACAAAUGCAAAGAAUGUGGAAAAUCAUUUGUUCAGUUGUCAGCACUUAAAAGUCAUCAGAAAUUGCAUACUGGGGAGAAGCCUUACAAAUGCAAGGAAUGUGACAAAUCCUUUGCCCAUUAUCCCAAUUUCAGGACACAUCAGAAAAUCCAUACUUCAGAGGAACAUUGUAGUUGUCCAGAAUGUGGCAGGGAAUUUCAUCAGCUUUCACACCUUAGAAAACAUUACAGACUCCAUACUGGAGAGAAGCCUUACAAAUGCAAUGUGUGUGACAGAUCCUUUACCCACUAUGCAUCAUUAAGAUGGCAUCAGAAAACCCAUACUCCAGAGAUACAUUAUGAAUGCAAAGAAUGUGGUAAGUCCUUUAUUGAAUUAUCACAUCUUAAAAGGCAUUGCAGAAUCCACACUGGUGAAAAGCCUUAUAAAUGUGAGAUAUGUGACAAGUCCUUUACUACGACCACAACUCUUAAAACACAUCAGAAAAUCCACACUGGAGAGAAACCUUACAAAUGUAGGGAAUGUGACAAAUCUUUUAUUCAUAGUUCACAUCUUAGAAGACAUCAGAGUGUUCAUACUGGAGAGAGACCUUACAGAUGUAAGGAAUGUGACAAAUCUUUUCAUGAGAGCACCACUCUUAGAGAACAUGAGAAAAGUCAUACUGGAGAGAAAACUUACAAAUGUAGAGAAUGUGACAAAUCCUUUACCCAGCGUGCAUAUCUUAGAAAUCAUAAUAACAGAGUUCAUACUGGAGAGAGACCUUAUGAAUGUAAGGAAUGUGGCAAAUCUUUUAGUACCUGCUCAACUCUUAGAAUACAUCAGACAAUUCAUACUGGAAAGAAACCCUACAAGUGUAUAGAAUGUGAUAAAUCCUUUACCAAUAAUUCAUAUCUUAGAACACAUCAGAAAGUUCAUUCUGGAGAGAAACCUUACAGAUGUAAGGAAUGUAACAAAUCUUUUACUAGCUGUUCAACUCUAAAAGCACAUCAGAAUAUUCAUACUGGAGAGAAACCUUACAAAUGUAUAGAAUGUGACAAAUCCUUUACCCAGGCCUCCCAUCUUAGAACACAUCAGAGAGUUCAUACUGGAGAGAGACCUUUCAGAUGUACAGAAUGUGACAAAUCUUUUACUAGGUGUUCUCACCUUAGAGAACAUCAGAAAAUUCAUAGUGGAGAGAAACCUUACAAAUGCAGAGACUGUGACAUAUCAUUUAAUCAGAUUUCAAAUCUCAGAAGACAUCAGAAACUUCAUACUGGAGAGAAACCUUAUAAAUGUAUGGAAUGUGACAAGUCCUUUACUCAUAACUCAAAUUUUAGAACACAUCAGAGAGUUCAUACUGGAGAGAAGCCUUAUAGAUGUACAGAAUGUGACAAAUCUUUUACUAGGUGCUCCUACCUUAGAGCACAUCAGAAAAUUCAUACUGGAGAGAAACCUUACAAAUGUAUGGAAUAUGACAAAUCCUAUACCCAGGACUCAAAUCUUAAAAGACAUCAAAGAGUUCAUACUGAAGUGAAACAUACCUUUGUAAAUAAUGUAACAUAGUAUUUAUCCAGUAUUCUAUCUGCUUAUAAAUCAUCAGAAUAAGAAACAUGGGAAAUCCUUUAAUGAACUUUUAAAUCUCAUAAAAUAAUGCUAAAAUAAAAAUUUGCCUAUUAUGUCAAAA